CCAAGUUUAUGCCCUUUUCUUGCUCUGAUUUUUAGUGUAUUCUGUGCCUUUUACCCCGGAUUCUUUGCUUUGUUUCAUGCAUCAUUGAUGAAAUCAUGAAAAUAGAUACUUACUAACUUUAUUAAGCAAUCAAGACAACAAAGAUCCUAGCUUUAUUGCAAAAUCUUGUUCGCAUUCCUCCAAAUUUUUAACCGUAAUUAAAUGAGUUCUUGGGUGUUGCUGACAAGGCCCAAGCGGAUUAUCGCAGUCUCUUCAGCUCAAAAUCUUAACCAGCGAUUGAUCUUCACAAAAUCAAACAACCCUCGUCCCUAUUCAACAUCAGGAGAUUUAUCAAAGAAAGGGUUCCGUUACAAUGGUAAUGGGAGUGGAAAGAAAGCUGGAAUUUCUGUUCUUGAGUCGCUAUUGAGGUCACUCUUUCCUGGGUUGGUUGUGGUUGGUUCAAGUUUAGGCCUUUAUUACGGGUAUGGUAUCUCUGGCAGAGAUUCGCUUGUGUGUUUUGCUGAUUCUGGAGCCAGGGCAGUAGAAAAUGCUGAAGAUCAGCCUAAGUUCAUAUUCAAAGAUACUUAUAGAAGAAAGGUUUUCUUCAAGUAUGAGAAACGCCUGAGGUUGCAGAGUCCCCCUGAGAAGGUGUUUGAGUACUUUGCAUCAUUCCGAUCACCUUCUGGGGAGGUUUUCAUGACACCAACAGACUUGAUGCGAGCAGUUGUUCCUGUAUUUCCUCCAUCAGAAGCAGCUUCUGUUAGAGGAGGGUAUCUAAAAGGGGAGAAGAAUAUUCCAGGGGAAUUAUGUUGUGCUCCUUCCGAGUUUUUCAUGCUUUUCGACACCGAUAAUGAUGGACUUGUAUCAUUUCCAGAGUACAUCUUUUUUGUGACAUUACUCAGCAUUCCAGAAUCAAGUUUCGCUGUGGCAUUUAAGAUGUUUGACCUUGACAAUGAUGGAGGAAUUGACCGGCAGGAGUUCCAGAAAGUGAUGGCUCUGAUGAGGACACAUAACAGGCAAGGUGCUCGCCAUAGAGAUGGACUGAGAAUUGGAUUGAACGUUUCGGGUUCUGUUGAGGAUGGGGGGCUACUAGAGUACUUCUUUGGCAAAGACGGCAAAGGGCGUCUUGAACACGAAAACUUUGUCCAGUUCUUGAGGGAUCUGCAUGAUGAAAUAUUGCGGCUGGAGUUCGCACAUUAUGACUGCAAAUCACAGGGAACCAUUUCUGCUAUAGAUUUUGCAUUGUCAAUGGUGGCCUCUGCUGACAUUAGCCAAAUCAACAAGUUUCUUGAUCGUGUUGAUGAGCUGAACAAUGAACCAAACCUCAGAGACAUCCGCAUCACAUUUGAGGAGUUCAAGAAUUUUGCAGAACUACGCAAACGUCUCCGUCCAUUUUCACUGGCUGUCUUCAGUUAUGGUAAAGUAAAUGGACUAUUAACCAAGCAAGAUUUCCAGAGAGCUGCCAGUCAAGUAUGAUUAUCUCAUCUAAACCUUUCCUUUACAUAACACUCAUUUCUGGUUCAAUUUGAAAAGUUGGCGUUGAUACUUUGUGUUUGGUAAAACAGGUGUGUGGGAUUCCACUGAGUGACAAUGUUGUGGAGAUGGUUUUUUACAUAUUUGAUACAAAUCAUGAUGGAAAUCUUAGCUCAGAUGAGUUCCUAAGGGUAUUACAAAGAAGAGAGAUGGACAACUUACAGCAGAGGGAUGGGAGUAUGAAAGGUCUGAUUUCUUGUUGGUUGGAUUGCACCAAGAAAGGCCCUUCUUCCAACUUUGUUCUAUGAUGCUCCUUUUGGCUUUAUGCAACCGGGGCCGCCGGACUACUGACUUGAGCAACUGAAUAUGUUGAAUAGGAAACAAAAAAUUGUACAAAGUAAACCUGGUUUUGUUCCUUGGAUUUAUCAUUAGAUAUGCUUUCAUGGUAGCAGAGAAAUCAUGCUUUAGUUAAUGGCAGAAUUUGGCCUCUCUUUCUAUAUAUGCGAAAAGAAUCACCUGGAUAUGGCGGCUGCAAAACUGAAUCAUACCAUUCUUAUGACUAGAUAUGAUCUCUUUGCCCAAACAAAAAGACUAGAUAUCAUCUCUGCUUUUUCUUUUUUCUUUUGUUUUGUUAAAUUUUAUCAAGUAAUUACACCCAAAGCUACUUAUAGCCAUUGGUGCUUCUUCUUUUCUAGGGAAGUCCAUAGAUAAAAUCAAACACUAAUAACACACCCAAGUCAGUCAGGACAGGACAACAAAAUACCAUAAUUUUCUACUGAUAAAAUACAAAGAAGAAUGCUCAUAUUAGGAAAAAAAAAAAAAAACAGGUGGCAAUUAAAUUACAACAAAUUAGGAAAAACUUCAAUACAGGAAGACACUCAAGUCAUCAUCGUCUCUGAUUAACUCUAUUGAGAUGGGAUGCAAGAGCAUCCCUGAUCUUCUGUCCAGUCUCAUCUCCAUCUCCAUCAAAUACUGGAAACUCUUCAUCUCUUGAAAAAUCCACAUCCUCGACUUGCACUUGCACUGGCUCGCUGCAUUUGAUCAGGAAAUUCUGCAGCAGACAACAAGCUACUAUGAUAAAAGGAAAAGCCUCAAUGCACUCUUCAUUCCAUUUCUCCGUCACAAGUUUCCAUCUUUUUCUCAGCUUCCAAAACGCCUUCCUCACCAGCUGAACUCCGACCUCAUGCACCUUGUUAAAUGCUGUCUUGGAAGAAUUCAACUCCUGAUGUUCAUCAAAGUCUCUGUAAGGAGUUAAAAGCCAAGGCAUGAUUGGGAAACAGGACUCUCCUAGAAUGUAUUGUGGGAUUGAAUUUCUAUCACUGAUUUCAAACGAUGGUCCAUUCAAGUACUCUUUGGAUUCCUCUAUACCCGCGAAAAGCUUCGAUUUCCGAAGGAUAUUUUCCGGGCUCACAUUACUCGGCCAGCCAGCUGAAACGUCCAAAAAUCUACCUUCAGAAUCCACAAGAGCUUGAGCUAUCAAGAACUCUUCUUUACCUAAUAGAGAACCGUCCAGUCGGAACUUCUCGAACCCCAGAACACCACAGCAAUUGGGCAGAGAAAUCCACCCAAAUCCCACCACAAUUCGAUUAAUAUCCGACUUCAAUUCGAACAGAUGCCCGAGCCUCUCGUUAAUGGCUUUGCAGACCGUGUAGAACGCGCGGCAAGCUGUGGCGGGGUCGAUGUUAAAUCGGCGGGAGACGGCGGAGAAAGAGGCGGCGUGAGCUAGCCGGAGAAGGGUAGCAGCCAGAGCAAAGUUCAGAGGAAGAAGAGGAGAGAGGGAAGUGAGAGAUGGAGUGAGGAGGCGGAGGAGGAGAGUGAAAGAAGGUUUGGAGAGGUUGAAGAAAUGGGCCCACCUGGAGUCAUGGUCAUCGUCGGCGGAAGAAAGGAACCGAUCGAACCAACACGGUUGCGGCGGCGGAGGAGCAACCGGCGGUGGCGGAGGUAUUGAUUGGGGGGAGAAAGAGAGAAGAGAGAGGAGUUUAGGGAAAGAUGUUGAAGUGGAAGCUAAGAGAUUCUCGAGGGAAAGAGAUUGGGAAGGUAGGAGGUGGAGGUCGUGGCGGCGGAGGAAUGACAGUGCGCCGUGCGCGGCGGUGAUGAGCUGAGGGACGAGGUUGGAUACGUCUUCGCCGGAAUCGGGAUGGUGGAUCUGGAAAUGAGGUUCUUCCGGUUCCAAUUUCACUGAACAAAUGUUUAUUUUCUUGGAUUUGUACUUGGUUUUAGCGUUCUUUCUUCUCUUUCUCCGGGUGGUGGUGCCCGUUGUGGCUCCGCCGCCGGCGGCCAUUAAUCGGAUCUGCGAGUUGCUAGUAAGCAAGAGUGGAUCUGUUGUUCUUUGGGCCAGUUGCCUUUAUGGGCCUUCAUGCUAUUAUUAAAAUCUUUUCCAUCCUAAUUCAUAUUCCCUCCGUUCUUAAACAAAA